AAGUGAUAAGUCUAUGAUAGGUGGUUAUACAUUUAACCUAAAUCCACCAAUAGUUGAGUAAAAGAUCAAUUAUGCAUCGUCUCGCGAGAAACAGAUGGAUUUACAAAUGAAAUCGAGCAGAUCUUUACCGCCAUUAGUUGAAGGCAAAAUUCACGGCAGUUUGAGGCUCGUUAUCAAUGAGGUCCUCUGGAUUAGAAAAAGCCCUGGGGAUGUUACGGUAGUGGCUUCCUGGUGGGGUGAACAUGAUAACGCGCAAUUCAGACCGAGAGACAGUGCCACAGGAACGGAAAGAACGAGUGAGAAUACAACCGAAGUGUACGCUAUAAAAACUAAUGCGAUACUGUUUGAGGAUUAUAUUAAAAACUGCGACGCAAUAGAGCUAGUGAUCAUUGCAGAGAAUACCCAUGAUGUUAUUGGUAGAGGACACGUGGGAGACUUGUCUAAGAUAUUUUCGUGCAGAUAUUAUUCUCAGUUUAUUCCAAUAUUGAGUAACGACAGCCAUGAAAUAGGAAAACUAUAUGUUUCUUUGCAAUUGGUGUAUUUGGCAAAGCUUUUAAAUACGCCAACCAAAACACGCAAGAACAAUAAGAAGGAAAAUAUUUUAUUGUUUGCUAUUAAUAAUUUACAAUGUGAGGAGAAGAUGCCAGUGAGAUCUCGCAAUAAUGUGGAGAGCACUGAAGAAAAAAAAUCUGUAAAAUCUGAAAAGAUUGAUACAUGUAAUACAUAUGGAUCUGUUCUCAAGUCCAAGCGAUCAGAGUCUCGGGAAUCUAAGAAGAAAAUGAAUGAAGUGAUAACGGGCGAGUUGGUUACUCAAAUUGUUGCUAGAGCACAGCAUCUUAGAGAAGCGAUAUUAAAAGAGACUUACAAAGAAGACUCUUCAACUCUGAGCGAUCAGAGUGACUUGAGUAACGGAUCGCCUUCUAAUGCUACAUCUGAAAACAAAAUAAAGCUAUACAAAUAUAUGUUAGGGAUGGAAAUGACUUCUUCAGAGGAAAAGGAAGUCUUAAAUACGCUGAGGUCAAUAUCUCCAAAUUUACGUUCGGCAGAUCUGACAUCUAAAAUGACCACCACCGACAGAGAUGAUAAUACGAAUGUUGGAUGGAACAAAAAUUUUCUUAUACAAUUAGACAACCCUAAAGAAGAUCCAUUGGGUAAAAGUGAGACUUGUACCGAGUUGAAAGAGACAUAUCCUCUAGAUUAUGUAAACAGUAUUAGACUUUUUAUCGAGUCUUUUACAUUGACGUCUGCGGGAUAUAGACGUGCAAAAUCUACAUGUCUGCAAUAUGAUGUACCAUUGUCACUGACAUAUUUUAUUCAAUAUGACACAACAUGUGGAUUUAUAAAGCAAAUAAGUACGAAAUCUAGUAAAGAAACUAAAUUUAUAAGAACGUGUGCUAAAAAACAAGUGGGUCAAGUUGUUAACUUCAACUCUGAAGGUAUCUUUCGUAUAUCAAGACAUAAUAUAAAGAAAAAUCUUGCUUUGAGAUUUAAAGUUUUUGUGAAACAUCGUAACCAAAAAUUCCCUAAUGAAUUAGGAUUUGGUGUCAUGAAUGUCAAUGACAUUACAAGCACCACAAACUUGAGUAGCGUACAAUGUAUAGCCAUUGUCAAUAAGAGCAUCAAAAUGGGUGAAUUAAAGAUUAUGAUGGAAUUAGGUUGCGAUUUUAAUCAUUUUGGUAAAGAAUUUAUUGAUGCUGUAAUGUCUAAAAAAGAAAAUCUUCCUGGUUUGAAAAAAAACUCCCUGAUGAAUUCAAAUAGUAAAAAAUAUAAAAGUGCAACAGGGACUCAUUCCUCUAAAUCUAAUUGCAAAGUUUCAUCUGUGUCUGCCAAGCGAAUUGAGUGUUUAACUAGUAAUAGCAAUAAGGAUAUAAUUAUUACAAAAGAUAUACUGGAACACCAACAACAAAGUUUAGAUAAUAAAAAGAUUGAUACAAGUAAUCCAGAAAGUGAUACUAAAGAUAAGGUUUUACUUCACGGCUUGAUAUAUGUCGCUGAGGGUAAAGAUUUGUUAGAAUCUAAUACCUAUCUUAUAUGUAGAGCGUUUUGGCGUGAGGACAAAGCAACGAGUCAAAUUUGUAAUAAUACAAAAAAUCCAUUCUAUCAUUUUUUCCAACUAGUACCUUUAAUUCAUGGUACAGAGUUAUUGGAGAGAAUCAGAGACAAUUAUAUAAUCAUAGAAGUAUACAAUCGGCAGAAUAGUGGAACAGAUAAUCUGUUGGGAAUAGCAAAACUGCCCGUGCAUCAGUUAUACAUCGCAUAUAGAGAUCCACUUAUUUUACCUCACUUAUUGUUAUCAAAGUAUCCUGUAAUAAGUGUAGACGGUUGGGUUAAUAUUAACGAUCCAGUGAGCGGAAAAUUUUGCGGAAAGCUGCUUGCACUGGUUGCACUUGGUACUGUAGAACAAAUAGCACUACUAGAAGUAUCAAGAGGCCUAAGAAAUACCAAUAAUAUGUCGCGAACGGAUUAUAAUUAUCACUGCUGUGUUCCCGAUAAUACUAACAAUGCAAUAGGCGGCCAAGAGAGUUCACAGUAUAAUGUUCCUGGGGUGUCAAACCCCAGUUCUGAACAAUUCACUCGCAGUAAUAAUUUCUCUCAUGUUUAUAAUACGCCCGAUCAAGAUUUGGCAUCUGUCGAUUAUAAAACUCAAGAAAGUCAAACAGACAUUUCAAGUUUGAAAAAUGCGACAGCGGAAAAACCAACUCAGGAAGCUGUGUUUUCGGAACAAUUAGCUUUACGCACCUUGGUUGAUCGUUUGACAAACGUAUUAGAUAUUGAUAAAGUCAGUACAAACCAGUCAGCUCAAACAGAAAUUAAUCAAGUAGAUGAAGGGGAAAUACAUGGAGAGUUAUGCUUGAAUACACUGAAUAGUAAUAGUCUUGCUGAUGAUAGCGAUAGCUGCAAUCCGAAAAAUGAUUUUCGGUUAUCUACGGAAAUGCACAGAAGUGUUGGUGUCGGUGCUGAAUAUAACGAAGACUUGGAUCAACGGCCAAAUAGUGCUUACAAUAAUGUGUCGAACGCAUCUUCAACGGAAAGGAAUGCGCCAAAAGUAGAAUCAAAUAUUAAUUGCAACGGUUCUUUUUUCCGAUCUGUCAUUGAAAUAGAAUGUGCACUGCAUUUGCCAAGGAUCGAAGAACCGAACGAAUCAGUAGAGCCAAGUACAUACGUAACCUUUCAAAAUUUAACUCGUAAAUUUGAUUCUACUGAUCAAUUAAAUUCAUAUAUAGCUACAAACGUAUUUCUACACAGUUGUAAUCCAAAAUGGAAUUGGAGAUGUGAUGUAAAGCUGUCAACAGACUUACUUUUAAACAAUCAAAAAAGAUUAAUUCUUAAAGUGUGGCACUUGAUUGAUCCAGAUACAUCUAAAGAAAUAAAUUUAAAAAGAGACAUUGUGAUUGGUUUUUCCGCGAUUGAUCUUUCAGUUCUGAUGGCCGGAUUUCCCGCGAUAUCCGGAUGGUUUCAUAUUAUGGAUUUUACUGGAAAAUGCAACGGACAAAUUAAAAUAAGUAUAACACCUCUGGAUAAUUUAUCAUUAUUAGGAAAAUUGGCACCAACUAAUACCAAUUUAUCAAGGUGUAGUAAUUUAUCGGAGGCAAACGGGCCACAUCCGUAUAAUGCGCUUUGCACGAAUACGGAGUUAAAUGGUGCACAUCAAACAUUAUCAUCUGCAAAUCAAAAUAACGACAAAUAUGUACAAAACGAUUGUAGAUUAAAUGUGGAAACUGGUCACAAUUUAGAAGACGUUUCUAUGUCUUUUUUAUCGUCGUCUUUGAAGCAAAAGUUAACCGAAUUAGAUGAGAUCACGAAACGUUUGCAGUCACGUCUGCGUGAUGUCACAAACGCUGCUUUCGAUGAUGAAUUUGAUAAUGAUUUUGAUAUAAUCGAGCCUAACAGUGACAAUGAAAAUACUAACGACAAAAAUAUUGAGACGGCACAAUCCGCAGUCUUGGAAUAUUCUAAUAAUGGAACGUCACAAAUGUCAAAACAAUGUGAAAUACAGAACGAUCGAGACGUAAGUGACGAAAAGCAAACUUCUGCCAACAUAAGCAGUAAUAAUAAUUUACAUUUUGAAUCAGCGUCGAAUAAAAAUAGAGCUAUAAGUUCCGAAACGACCGAUACCGGGUAUUGUUCAAGUUUUAAUACACGUUUCCAUCAACAUUCUGGUUAUUAUCACAAUCAAUAUCAAAAUCGAUAUAGCUCAAUGCACAAUUCUUUAUCGGAUAGCAAUACAGAAUAUCCCGUGCGAGGUACUAAAACACAUAUAAAUCAUCUGCUUGAUAAGCUUUCUUUGGACCUGCCACCUACCACUUCCUCUUCAGAAGUGGCUGUGCCAAUAAGAAAAAACAUUCUAGAGUUAUUUGCAAGUUUACGAGAGCAUAGAAAUAAUUCGCAAGAGAAAGAAAAAAAUGGUCGUGACAUUAAUACUUACACGGUGCUCACGCAAACUGAUAAUGAACAGCAGCACGCUCACUCUCACACGACGAAUUUUAUCGCUUCUAAAACGGCCGUUGGAGAAAAUAUUUCCGUCGAAUUGCCUCGCAACAGAAUAUCGGCGGUAAUACGCGAGGAGUUAGUCGCAGAGGAAAAUAACGACAGUACAAACUGUGAUGAAUUAACAACUUAUUUGAUAACUUCCAACAUACGCCAUAUGGACCUAGAUAGUAUAUUCAAUCCACUUUUAUAUCAGCAUUUAGUGCCAGAUUUGCAAGUUGCAGCUGCUGUAUCGCCGGAAGGAGAAGCUGUGGAACAACUAGAUAAUCGAUACGCAAGAAAUUUCGACAUAGCAACACGCAACAGCAGUGAUAUCGAUCAUCCGAAAGAAAACAAUACUCCAUUUCGAAACGAUGCGCAACUGAAAGAUCAGGCGACUGCUUUAGAAUUUGAUAAAAAGAAGGAACUUUUCAGUUUAACAUCUUCAGAUAUGUCAGAAAAUGUCGAUAGUAGUAUUGACAUGACCGUCAUUUACAAAUCCAGCGAAAAUGAUUUAAUAUCAACUAAUAGUCCGGAAUCGACCGCUACUACAUCACUCAACGAGUCACCUGUACAAGCCGAGGCAGAGAUAAAAGAUUAUUGCUCCAUCUUAUCUGAAUUAACUGUACCUGGAGUGUCAAGACAAGCACCUGAGGGUGGAAAUCCUGUAGAGGAAGUCAAGAUGUCAGUGGCAAAGUGGCAAAGUGAUACCCAAGAUGUAUCAGCAACAGACAGCUAAAUACUCUUGAAUAUUUACGAGAUAAUUUGUAAUAAAGUAGAUUAGACUAUAGAAAGAAAACUAUGUAUUUAUAAGCGCAUUUUUUAAUAAUACAACAUAGUUUUACAUUCGCUAUAAUUACAUCAAGCUGAAAUAAAUGAAUAUUAAUGUCAAUAUUAACGGCAAGUUUUUUUAGUCAGUUUUUUAUUGAAAAUCUCGCGUCUAAUUUGAACAUCUUAACUAUUUGAACUUAAAGUACACUUACAUUAAUUGGUGCUUUAACUUAAUUUAAAUUUAUUUAUUACUAUACAUACUUUUUGUCAUAGAAUAAAAUAUAAUCUUAUUCCGAAGUAACACGAAACUUCUACUGACUGAUGACCGUGUAUACGUAAUAAUAGUAUAAGAUCAAUAUUGAUGUGUCGAAAAUUUUACUAUUCCAGAUAUUUAAACUACUAUAUAUAUAACAUGCGCCUAUUUUUAUAUAAUCUUUGUGUAUAUAGUACCUAGAUAAAUAGAUUUACAAAAAUGCAAUGUAUAAAUAUUAAAAAUAAAAUUAAUCCACAUACAUAUAUAAAAAAAUUU